AUGCAAGGAUUGCUCAGGAUUCACAUGUCUGCCUACUAUGACACGAUGGAUAAGGGUGUUGCAACAGUCAUGAUUCUUACUCCAGCUGGAAUGGGCAUUGAUCGGAUCACCUCUCCACCACAUUCAAACUACACUUACUCUGUUCAAAAAAGUGUUCUAGCUGGCAUCGACAUGGAGGAAAGCUUUGAUUUUUCACAGAUUAUGAUCCCAUACAAUUUUACUGAGUUCAUACAUGACCUCACAUACCUGGUCAAGAAAAACUUUAUUCCAAUGAAGCGUAUUGAUGAUGCUGUUGGGAGAAUUUUGCUAGUCAAGUUCACCCUGGGACUCUUUGAGAACCCCCUUGCUGAUCUUAGUCUGACCAAUGAGGUUGGAAGCCAGGCACACAGAAAUUUGGCAAGGGAAGUCGUUAGGAAAUCGCUCAUUCUGUUGAAGAAUGGAAAUGAUUCAGUAUUACCCUUGCCAAAGAAAGUGAGCAAAAUUCUAGUUGCUAGUAGCCAUGCUGACAAUUUGGGUUAUCAAUGUGAUGGAUGGACUAUAGCUUGGCAGGGAUUCAGCGGCAAUAACUACACAAGUGGUACAUUUAGCUCCACUUGA